AUGGCGUACUGGGCGCUUUUGGGCUUCACUUUGUUCUGGGCGGUCGUGGGGGGUGUCGUUCCCUGGUUUAUCCCGAAAGGACCUAAUCGAGGAAUUAUUCAAACCAUGCUGGUUGAAACAGCUGUCUGCUGUUAUCUAUUUUGGCUCUGUACAUGGCUCAUGCAACUGCACCCACUAAUUGGACCCCAGCUAACUACUGACACACUCAAAAUUAUGAAAGAAGAAUGGAAAUGA